CGCUCGGUGUGUGUGUGUGUUUGUGUGUGUAAGAGUGUGUGACUGUGUGUGAUGGAGGCUCGGGUGUGUGUGCUGUUCGGCGCCGCGGCUCUGCUCCGCCUGCUGCUGCUGUGUGUCGGUGUGUAUCAGGAUCAGACUCUGAAGCUCAAAUACACUGAUGUGGAUUAUCACGUGUUCACAGACGCCGCCAGAUUCAUCACCCAGGGUGAGAGUCCGUACCGCAGGUCCACGUUCCGCUACACUCCUCUGCUGGCGCUGCUGCUGGUGCCGAAUGUCUACCUGAGUCUGCUUUUCGGGAAGCUGCUGUUCGGGUUCUGCGAUCUGCUGUCGGGGCUGCUGAUGUUCCGGCUGCUGGUUCUACGCGGGGCGUCCCAUGGUUCAGCCUGUGUGUCCUGCGGCCUGUGGUUGCUCAACCCGCUGCCCAUGGCAGUGUCCACGCGGGGUAACGCAGAGUCCGUGCUGGCGGUUCUGGUUCUGUCCACGCUGCUGUGCCUGCAGCUGCGGAAACACACGACUGCAGCGCUGCUGUUCGGCCUCUCCGUGCACAUGAAGAUCUACCCGGUCACGUACGCGCUGCCCAUCGCACUGGCACUGACGGCGGCACCGGCCCGGGGCAGAGGAGUCCUGCUGCGGUUCUUCAGCCCGGCUCUGCUGCGCUUCGCUGCCGUGUCUGCUGCCGUGUUCCUCAGCCUCGGCCUCAUCUUCUACUGCCGGUAUGGCUGGGAGUUCCUCCAGGAGGCGUACCUGUACCACCUGACUCGCAGAGACCUGCGCCACAACUUCUCCCCGUUCUUCUACCUGCAGUAUGUGUGUGCGGAGCGCUGCUGGAGCUCCGGCCUGCUCCCGCUGCUGCUCCUGCCCCAGCUCCUGCUGCUCCUGCUGGCCUCGGCCGCCUUCAGCUCCGACCUGCCCUUCUGCUGCUUCCUGCACACCGCAGUGUUCGUCAGCUUCAACAGAGUCUGCACCUCACAGUAUUUCCUGUGGUACCUGUGUCUCCUGCCGGUGGUCCUCCCCCGUCUGCGUCUCCGGCUAGGCCGCGGGCUGCUGCUGCUGCUGCUGUGGCUGCUCCUGCAGGGCCUCUGGCUGGCUCCGGCGUAUCUGCUGGAGUUUCAGGGCUGGAACAGUUUCUCCUGGAUCUGGGCGGCGAGUCUGCUGUUCCUGCUGACCAACACCUUCAUCCUGGCACAGAUCAUCCAACACUACCGGCCGCACGACAGGAAAGCAGACUGAGGAGGGCUAGAGAGAGACUCUGAGCUGCUGAGCUGUGUGUGUGCGUGUGUGUGUGCGUGUGUGUGUGUGUGUGUUGCAGACAGCAGGUGGCGCUCUCAGCAGGUCUACUGCACUCACUGUAGAGGAGUGUUGGAGCUCCACAGAUGAAGCUCCGCCCACACAGUGAUGUCAGCACCAGUAGGAAUGAGUGUUGGUGGGCGGGGCAUGUGAACUGACUCCUCCUCCUCCUGUUCAUGGAGGUCUGGAAACUCUUGUUAACAGAAGCAGGAUGUGAGGUGUGGGGUGUGAUUUGCAUAUGUAAAUGUGUUUCUGCAUUAACACACAGCAGCACACAGCCUGUGGUCAAACAAGUGUUUAUUUUUAUAAAUAAAUAUAACAGGAAGACUGUU